AUGCUGACGGCCGUCAAGGGUUCCCACUCCGUGAAAGUGUCGAAACUUGAGAUCGCGACAGGGGAGCUCGAGAGAGACCUCGGGAAGACGGCAAGUUCGUUGCUCAAGGAGAAGAAGGCUAGGAAGGCCAAAUCUUCGGAGGUCCGUCGUCUUCAGCGUCAGAUUGAGAAUGAUGCAGGAUUAGUGAGCCGCGGGAUUCAGGAGGCCAAGGACGCUCUUAGUUCCGAGUUCCAAGCUUGCUUGGCGAAGAUCUCCGCCUUUCCGGGCUCUCUCGAUUACAUUCGGAACAGGGAUUUAGCCUUGGCGACGAUCGAGGGUGGGAUGGCCGUGACUAGCGUGAUCAACUUUGUUCAGAAGGACUUUGGUGAAAUUUUUCCGCGAUGGGACUUUGAUGUAGAGGACUCGGCCGCGGAGAACAUAAUCAAAGUCAUGUUUAAUGCGAAACCUAGAUGGAAGUGGACCAUGGAUUGCUGGGAAGUCACCGGUACUAAGCUGAGUGUGAAGAACGAAGUGAGUGCAGCGCAGACAGAGAGUGGUGUGAAGGAAGAAAAGGCUAUUAAAGUGGCUCCUACAGAGGCUCGUUCAGAUGCUCGUUCAGACGCUCGUUCAGAGGCUUCUGCGACUGUUGGUGUGAUGAUCAAAGAGGAGAUUGAAAAAAGCUUCAGGGACAUAGCUGAUGCCAUGAGGGAUGGGUUUGGGAUAUUGGUGAAGGAGAUCAAGUUUCUGGGGGAUAGGAUGGAAGCUGUGGAGAAGAAGGUGGGAAUCACCAAAAAAGGGACUGCAUCUAAUGAUAUUCAAAUCAUAGCUUCAAGUCCGCCUAAACGUGGCCACGAACCCGGGAGUGAAAGUGUGAAUGGAGCGAAAGCAGGACAAAAUAACGCCCAAGAACCGAGUUCCUCGAAAGAGCUGAGUCUUGUGAUAGCAAAGCAGCCCGAGAUGAAACCUUCAGAACAGAGUGGUGAACCUAGCUUUCUUGUAUUGGACAAAAGAGCACCCACUGUUUCAGAUGUACAGCAGGGGGAAGCUAGAAGGCAGACAAAGAAGGCUAAGGUUAUAGAAUUUUUCUGUGGAAAGAGUGAGCAAGAAAGGAAACUUGCUGUCUCACAGCAAUCUCAUUUUAAGGGAAACAUCACUGCCAAACUGAUCAUUCCAAACAAAAGGGUUGGCCAAGGCUAUGAUCCUUUUGCACCCUUUGACAAUAAGAUGUCGAAGGUGCUCACUGACUGGCUGAAACUUGAUCCAUGUCCAAGUCGGUUUUAUUACAUCCUCCGAACCCCCUUAGCAUGGCUGAACGACGGGUGGUCCCACAAGUACCCGGAAUUUAAGAGCGACGAGGGCGAUCUCAACGGUUUAGGAAGAAGACUCCCUGGUGGGGCGUGGAAUUAUCAUGCAGGCAUAAUACCAACAUUUUACCAAUCUAUGAAGGUCUGGGGGGUGGAUGUGGAUGAAAUUUAUGCGCCAGUGAACUUCAGGAACGAGCGUUGGAUUGCUAUGUGGAUCUCGAUCUCUAAGAGACACAUAGUCGCCUGGGACAGCAUUAUAUCACAUAUUAGCCGUGAAGAUUUCGAUGUGGUAAUGGAGCCUUUUGUCGCAAUAGUCCCUUAUCUGCUUGUUGAGUGCGCUGGCUCUGGCGAACAACGUAUCCAACACACACUGGAGCCAUACACAUAUGAGAGAGUUACUGUUGGAGUACCUCAGUGCCGAGCUGGUUAUUGUGGCGUGUUCGCUCUGAAGUACAUCGAAUGUCAUGCUCUUGGGAUGUCAUUUCCUCCAGAGUUUUGUAAUAAGAACGCGAAGGCUAUAAGGGAGAAGAUGGCGUUAGAUAUAUUUAAGGAGACUCCUGAAUGCCAUCCAAAAGAGAACGAAGACAAUGAUGAGAACAUGGGAACUUAUGACUCGCAAGAUUAA